GUCCGUCCACAAGUUGUACCAACUAAUUUCCUGGUUUAUGGAGAAGUUUUACAAGAGUUUUUGAGUUUGUAAGUUACAGAAGUAAAUAGUUUUUUUACAUUUCAAGGCAACUGAUAUCACAAAUAUUACGUUAGAAGCUGUACAGUGUAUUUGAUCAACAUGCCAUCACGAUUUUAAAUGCGUUUUCGAGCUAUGAAGUUGCAACCGUUGUAAGCCACGGUCAGCGAGGUUGAUCGAUAUGUCUUGGAGUGUAGAAUUAUACACAGGGCUCUGACCGAAAUAAAAAUAUAUUUCCCUGUUGGAACAUUAAUUUUAAUAGACGUUCAAGUGUUUAUCUGGAGAUAUUAAAAACAUGGGAGAUAACGAAUUGUUGACUGGACUGAUGCUAAAGCGGUCACAAAAUAAGAGAGGAUUUGCGCCGAUAAAUUAUAAAAAGAGAAUUUUUUCAUUAACACCCACAUCUCUAAGUUAUUAUGAAGGUUCCAAUGCCAAUAUGGUCAAAGGUCAAAAGAAGGGGAGCGUGGACCUAAAAAAUGUCAAAGUAAUACAAGAAGUUGAUAGUCAAGCAUUCAAUAAACCAUAUGGAGUUCAGAUAUGUCAUGAAGAUUACAAGCUAUAUUUCUUUACAAGUUCAGAGGAGGAACGCGCAGAUUGGAUUGCACAACUUCAAAAACUCUGUCGACGUAAUGAAUGUCUGUUAGAUCGUUAUCACAGCGGAACUUGGGCGUCCAAAUGGACCUGCUGUGAACAAACACACCAAGGAGCCCCAGGAUGCAAGAACUCAUUCAAACACGAUGAUAACGAACCGAUAGUAAACGCAGUAAGGCAAUGUCCUGUUUCAGCACCAGCCCCCGCCCCUGCCACUUCACCGCGCCCUGUACCUCAUCCACCACGUAAACAGAAGACUGUGAUAGCUAAAUUUGAUUAUGAUCCCCUGCAAGAAGCGGACAUAGCCCUUGUGAAAGGCGACGAGUAUGUUAUAUUAGACGACUCAAGAGAAUAUUGGUGGAAGGCCAGGAAUAAGAAUGGAAAAUGUGGCUUUAUUCCAAGUAAUUACGUAGAAGAAAAAUCAAUAUUUUCCACAGGUCUGGAAAGAUAUGACUGGUACAAUGGCAAAUGGAACCGACAACGUACUGAAAUCGAGCUUAAGUCCGAAAGCAAAGAAGGAUGCUUUACGAUCCGUCCCUCAAGUACUAAAGAACUCUACACACUCUCGGUCUUAACUAAAGGAGUUGGUAAUGAAGAUGUUGUCAGGCACUACCAUGUAAAGAGGAACCAAAACAAUUUGUAUUAUAUAUCAGAAAAACAUUGCUUACCCACAAUAGAAGAACUGGUUGAGUACCACAAACACAACGCUGGAGGCUUAGUAACACGAUUAAGAAACCCUCCUGGCUAUAUUCCACCAACAACAGCUGGUCUUGGCGCAGACAAAUGGGAGAUAAAUCCAGCUGAGUUACAAUUGAUGAAAGAGCUUGGGAGUGGUCAGUUUGGUGUUGUACGCCUUGGAAAACUAAGAAACGGUAAAUUCGUCGCUGUGAAAACAAUGAAGGAGGGCAGUAUGUCAGAAGAUGAAUUCAUUGAAGAGGCCCAAGUUAUGAAAGAGUUACAACAUGAAAACCUAGUGCAAUUGUAUGGUGUUUCCAGUCUUACUAGGCCUUUACGCAUCAUUACUGAAUAUAUACCAAAAGGCUGUUUGCUGUUUUAUAUGCGGCGCCACCCCGAGUUAUUAGAUAAAAGUAGUCUUCUAGUGUUCAUGUGUCACCAGGUGGCAGCAGCAAUGAAAUAUUUAGAAUCAAAGAAAUUCAUCCAUAGAGACUUGGCUGCAAGAAACUGUUUGGUAGGUGAGCGUAAUAUUGUAAAAGUUGCCGAUUUUGGUUUAACAAGGUAUGUUCUAGAUGAUGAUUAUACAAGUUCAGGAACAAAAUUUCCAAUCAAGUGGACACCACCCGAAGUACUUCACUACACAAGAUUCAGUAGCAAAUCAGAUGUAUGGGCCUUUGGUAUUCUGAUGUGGGAGGUGUUCUCUGGUGGUAAAAUGCCAUAUCCAACCAUGAGCAACGUUGAGGUUGUAGAUCAAGUCACUCGUCACGGUUACCGUAUGGAAAAACCUGACAGUUGUCCACCCGAUGUCUACCGAUUGAUGAGAAAAUGCUGGCAGGAGAAAGCUGAAGAUCGACCUACAUUUUCUCACAUCCAUCGAAUGUUAGAUCAAGAUAGACAUCUUUUAUAACAUUUUUAAAGGUAUUAUUUGUAUGAUUAAAGUUGGCUUUACAUUUUUCUGUUCACAUUUAUGUGAAUAACAUUUAUAAUAUUCUUUUCAUCAUUAAUUUUCUAUUAUGUUUACAUUUUUGUUUAUGUUAGUUUCUGAGUGUCAUUUUCUGUAGUUCUGUUGAAUUGCUUUUUAUUUAAUUUAUAAUUGCAUGAUUUGUUGAGUUCCUAAUGUAGAUGCUCAUGGUGUGUUUGAUCAUAGCAUAAUUUAUCUACUGCAGAAACGGUGCUUGGGCUAGGCAUAAACAUUUCUGGGAAGAUGACAAAUAUCUUGUAGCAUAUAUCCUCAAGUGUGAAUGAACCUUUCCUGACACGUUCUGAUUGACACUCUUGAAAUGUCCAUUGUCACACAUUUUUAAGUGACAAAUACCUAUGAUCGGCCCAUAUAUGGGCAUUAUACUGUUAUGUGACAUCCAUAUAUGGGCAAAACACAGAACUUGUCACUGAAAAGGUGCUUACAGAAAAAGACAAGAAGUAGAUUGUGACAAUGACAUGGUUAAGAAAUAACGUUGAAAACAUGUGUAUUUAUGGGUAAAAUUGAUUGAUUAAAUGAUAAGUUACUUUGGUUGAAUGAUUGAUUGAUUGGUUAAGAUAGAUGAUCAAGAGGCCAACAGAUAAGUUGUAGAUGUAACACUAGUUUUUUACCUUAGUCUUACCCCAGGCUCACCCAUUUAUCCCCUUCCCCUUGCUUUUCUAACCUUGCACAUACCAUCGCUCUCAUCACAAACUAACACAAUCAAAUUAGAUUGUGUUAGUUCAUGAAAUCAUAAAAGCGCAUCAAAAUCUGUGCAGUUGUCGUUAAGGACUUUUUUGUGUGGUAAAGAAUACAAAAUUGCUUGACAACCAAUAUGCGCUCGUUUUGAAGCGCUACUGUGAUUUCACAAACUAACACUCUCUACUUUGAUUUUGUUAGUUCGUGAUGUGUUCGAGGAUAUCUGUAGUGUGCUUGCAGUGAUUUAGUGAUCAUGUUCAGCUGGAAAUUAAUAGUUACUAUCAUUGUUAUUAACCUUGUACAGAAAUAAAUAUAAAAAAAAUGUUAUUUAGAAAAUUUAAAAUACAACACUGGAGCACAGUGCAUGUUAGUUUUGAAUCACAAUAUUAUAGAUGUUUACUAUGGCUGUGUUUCAUGUAGUACCCUAGCUAGCUUUGCAAAAUUUAUGUGGACUAGUAGCCUGAAAUAUUGGCGGAUCCAGGAUGUUUUCUCCGGGAAGGUGGAGGGAUGGAUAGCUAGUGAAAAUCGAGUACUUAAUUGGUCCUAAGUGGGGUGGGUGGAACUCAGUUGGUCUGAGAGAAAAGUUUUUGUUCGAAAUGCUCACUUUCCAACCUCCUGGGUUCGAACCUUGCCCUUAAAAGAAUUUUUGAAUUGUAAAGAAAUUAAUUUAUACCAAUUUUUUUUUUAAGUAUAUUAACAAAAAAUAAUGUAAUAUUUAUAAAAUAUAAAUAUAAAUUAAUAGGCCUACAUUACAAGAUGAUUGGCAAAACCAUGAUAUGUACAACCCUGUAAGAAUGGCCUCUAUGUUAAGACUCAUGCACAAAGGUAAAUAAGAAUAAAAAAAAUUAUAAUAAUUAUUCGUAAUAAUGGCAAAGUAAUGGACCAAAUAAAUUGUAAUUAAUUCAUGAAAAACAUUUUACAUUACCUAAAUAUGGUCAUGAUGCAUACAACUGUUUUAUUUUAGAGAGCUUAACUGUUAAUGAGAUAUACAGUAUUUGGUCAGUUGUUAAAUUGCAGCUGACAAACCUUCUUUCAUGAGACAUGUGACAGAUAUUAAACAAUCAAUCGAUCAAUUUUGUAACUUGUGAGUUACUCAUUAUUGAAUAAGACUGAACUUGUAAAUAAUUAAACAGCUCCCAUUAAUAAUUGAAAUUAAUAUGAACAAAAUGUAUUAAUGUAAAUUGAGAUUAAAUAUUUUUAUAAUCUAUGAUGAUGAUACCUGUAAUUAUUUUGAUAUGUUUUGUGGAUUUUAUAUCUUCAGUGCUUUAAACAAUAUGCAGAAUAGUUAAUCAAAGAAUAUUACAAGAAUGUAUUAUUACUAAGCUAAAAUAAUGGUAAAUAAACUUUUAAAUAAAUUUUUAUGUUGGUGGUUUUUUUUUUUACGUUCUGAUUUUUGUUGAAAAUGUGGUGGCUUAAAAACCAUUGUUCUAAAUGUCACCACCAUAGCCAAGCUAAACUUUAGGGAUUCAACUUAUAAAUGGCUGAGUGAGAUGCACAUUUAAGAGGAGGUACUUAUUAUAUGAGUCUUUAAGUUACAAUGGGAUCAAUUCAGGAUGAUAUACAGGUUGUUGGUUGGGGGAGAGGAAUCUCCAAGAUGGAUCAGGUAAAAAGGAAUAGUAAAUUAAAUGUAAUUGUCAAAGCUAAUUAUUUGAAUAAUAGAUAUGCAGUUAAUCUCACCUAAGUCGACUUUGCCUAACUCGAAUAAUUUCUAAGUCAGUUUUAUUUUACAUGCCAAAUUGUUGUGUUUUCCAUUAAUUAAUGAUCUGUCGAAUUUUACUUAAGUCGAACAAUUUUUCACUGCUAUUUUGGAUUCGAUAAGUUCAACUGUAAAACAAAGAAAGUUAUAAGAAAUAUUCUGAAUAAGUAUACUGUAUGCUAUGCAAGCAAAGUCUACACCGAGUAGUGUAAGAUGAUGGUGAAACUGUAAAAUGGUGAAUUAUCAGAUACAGUAUGUUACUACUAUAUGUAUUGUAGUUUUACAAUAGUAUUUUAAAAUACUGUACUUGCAUACUUUUAUGAUACACAUAAUUUUAUAAUACAAGUGCAUAAUCAAAUGUGGUAAAUAUAAUGCAUGUUAUUUAUUGAAUAGUGAAUAUUAAAUGAAUGUUAAAUGAAUAUUCAUUGAAUAUUGAAUAUUCAUUGCAUAUUGAAUAAUUGCAAUAAAUAUUAAUUUAAUAUUGAUUAUUCAUCAACUAUUAAGAAUUCAUUUUCUUGGAUAUUCAUUGAAUAUUGAAUUUUUUUUUUUUUUGGCCAAUGAUUUUUUGUAUGGAUUUUAUCUUCAAUCUACCGUGACAUUUUUUCAUGCCAAAUUUAGAUUACUUUUGAUAAAUGCAAAAUAAUUUUGAUAUUAAGAACUCUCAUUUAUGCCUCAGAUACAUUUAUUUUUGUAUAUCUUUUAUAUGACAAAAGUAGAAACAAAUUGGUUUUGUCACAGUGAGUAAUAUAAAUGAAGCUAGGUAAAGUUCUACUAACAAAUUUUAAUUGUGUUAUAACUAUUUUAAAUUAUUCUUUAUGUUCAUUUUUUUAUGUAAAGUGUGAUGGUUAUAUUUGGUUUUUAUAUCUACUUAGCCAUAAGUGCCUGCUAUUGGCAUGUACUGGCGCAAUAUAAGAUUCCAUGUUUUUCAUUUUGUGUAUUUCUCUGAUCAAAACUUUUUAAUGUUUAAUUUUGAUAAGGUGUCAAUAAAUUUCUAUGAAUUUUCA